AUGCGUCUUGUACACCGUCUUCUCAUGGCCUCGCCAGCCUCAAUCGGCUCCAAAUCAAGUCUGAGCGAAGCCCUUGCUCUCCUGCCUCCACUCCAGCUCUACCGGCGCAUCCUGCGCGUGCACCGCAAGCUCGACCCGGAACUGCGCAUUCUGGGCGAUUCAUACGUGAAGAAGGAAUUCCGGGCGCACCGGACGGCGGAGAACCCUUUACAUAUUAUCGGCUUUUUGACAGAGUGGCAGCUAUAUGCGCAAAAGUUAGAAGGUGACAGUUGGGUUGGGGAGAAGAUCGACAAGUCAAAGUUGGACAAGUUGAGUGAUCAACAAGUUGGGCAACUGUUUGAGUUGAUGGAGGCUAUUAAGAACCCGAACUCGGAAGAAGGUGAAGGCGAGAAGCAGUGA